UUCACACCAAUCAAAAAACAACAAACAAGUAUAUCUAUAGUUCAAAUUAAUUAGCUCUCUCUCAAUGGCAAUGAAAGUUGUUGUAGUGGUGUUCGUUGCAAUGCUUGUGAUGACAGAGCACAAUGCUAUGGCUAGUUCAAUGACAUGUCUGAUUGGAUGUGGACCUCUUAAGUCGAUAGUAGCUCCAGAAGCUUACAUUAAGUGCGUCAUUGAAUGUGGUAAACCAUGUACGAUACAAUGUCUCGUUGACAGCAAAAAACCUGUGGACAUACCUAACUGCCUGCUGGGUUGCUUUUCCCCAUUUGUAACUGAGCAACUUGAAACUCCAAACCGUGCUACUACUACUAUUUGUACUGUUGGAUGUUCUCUCGGAAUUUGUUCUCAAUUUCACAACGAUGAGGAGAUGUUUGGAGCUUGCAUGAAAAACUGUGCUAGCAACCAUUGCACCAUCGGUGGCAAUAUUGCUCUAGAGAAAGCUUAAGAAAACGCAUUAAUUUGCUCCAAGAAAUUAUGGCCACAAAGUAUGUGUCUUAUAACACUAUGUUAUGUACUAAGUUACUAAAUACUUUUGUUGUUGUAAUUUUCUAAAUUACGUAUUUGUGCUGUGUAUUGAAUUUGUGAUUUUCUAAGUUAUGUAUUUGUGUUGUGUACUGAAUAAAAAAUUCUAGUGCUUCCUGUUAAUGCACUAGAGAAGUGUUAAUUA